AACUACAGCCAGAAGCCCCCCGGAACUGGACGCGGAUACAAGUCUGACCUGUAACGUUAGUUAGAUGCACAAAUGAAGAUGCCAGAUGCACAGUCGCAUCGGUUAUGUUUCCUGCUUUUUGUAUGCGUUUUCCGUCUUGCGACAGCGGCAGAGGUUUCCGUAUGGAACGUGGAAAUAAACUCGACACAGGAUGCUGUGUUUCGAAAGACGCUGUACGCCAAUACCACCAUCUUCAUGAAGUUCCAGGGUGACCCGGCGUCAUGUGAUAGAAACCUGGCCUUCAACAUCAGCUGGUACCUACGCUCCUCUGUUUGCUACAAUGAGGUCUUUAACACACCAGACAACAAAGCGAUGAACAUGUUUGGUAUGGACCACAUGUUGAAGGACGGCUGGAGUGGCUUCUACAGUCAGGGCUACAUGUACUUCGACAACUGCUCCUCCCUCUUCUUACCCAAGGUAUAUUACACAGACUUCAACCCAUAUCAGCCCCUCACGAGCCCAAAGAGUGACCCUUCGAAUCAGAGCCUUAUUUGGCCCGACAAGCCGGACAUCAGCGCCGUGGCCAAAGCUUGGGAGGACAGUCCAUAUCUGUUCAUAGUGAAGGUGCAGCCUUUGUUCCGCGGAGUUGAGGAUGAAGACAUCGGGGCAGAGCAGCAGCUCAACUUUGCUUUCACAAUGAAAGUUGAGAUGAAGGGACAACAUGACUACUCUUCUCCAGCAGACUGGCCCCUGAUGAUGUUCUUCAUGGUCAUGUGCAUAGUGUAUGUGUUGUUCGGGGCUCUCUGGCUCUUCUGGUUCGCCUGCUAUUGGAGGGAUCUGCUGCGGAUCCAGUUCUGGAUCGGAGCUGUCAUCAUCCUCGGCAUGCUGGAAAAAGCUGUGUUUUACUCUGAAUACCAGAGCAUCCGUUACAAAGGAGACUACGUUCAAGGUGCUGUGAUCUUCGCUGAGCUGCUCUCUGCCCUUAAAAGAUCUCUAGCCCGAAUCCUGGUCCUCAUUGUCAGCCUUGGCUAUGGCAUUGUCAAGCCAAGGUUGGGUACCACAGUGCACCGGCUGGUAGCCGUUGGGCUUCUCUACCUGCUCUUCUCCUCCGUGGAAGGUGUGCUAAGAGUGACUGGCGGUUUCUAUGGGACAGUCGCCCUGGUGGCUAAUCUCAGCCUCUCCCUUAUUGACUCCUGCGUCAUGUGGUGGAUUUUCAUCAGCCUGUCUCAAACCACGCGUCUCCUAAAGCUCCGCAGAAAUGUGGUGAAACUCUCCUUGUAUCAGCACUUCACCAACACUCUCAUCUUCUCUGUUGUCGCGUCCAUCAUAUUCAUCAUCUGGACCACCAAGGUCUUCAAGCUGGUCGACUGCCAGACGGGUUGGAGGGACUUGUGGGUAGACGAUGCCUUCUGGCGGCUGCUGUUCUCCACCAUUCUGCUGGUUAUCAUGGUGCUGCUGCGGCCCUCUGCUAACAACCAGAGGUUCUCUCACUCUCCUCUGAUUGAUGAAGAUGAUGAAGAGGAAGAGGCCAAGGAGCCCAUGCUGAAUGAAGCUUUUGAGGGAAUGAAGAUGAGAGGCUCAAAGCCUGACUCUAAUGGCUCCCAGAAACUGUUGAGCAAAGAGGAUGAAGACAUAAAAUGGGUUGAGGAGAACAUUCCUACAACUGUUGCUGAUGUAGCUCUCCCUGUAAUGCUGGAUGAGGAAGAGGAAAUCCUGAAAACCAAGAUGGAGCGAUCCAAAAUGGAGUAGACGUGAAAUGCGAGAGGAUAAUGUGAGAAUGAAAAGAAAGCAAUUUCACUGAGGCAGCAAUGAAUGCGUUCUGAGUGAUCUGAUUUACCAAAAAAAAAAAUGCGGGCAAAGCCAACUGUUCUCUCCAGACACUUGGCAUUUUUUAUUUUAUUUCACAGGUAUAGUGCAACUAUAAUAAGCUCAAAGAAGCAUGGAAGAAGGGAGAGGGGUGAAACUGAAGCAAAUACACAGCAGAGCACUUUGAUAACGAUUGUUUGAAAGAUGUUUCUUCAAUGUCACAAGCCUGACCAAAGUCCAGCAGACACUGGGCAUUUUACACAACACCCCUGUGGAAAAUAGAAUAUUUAUCAAAAUCAUGUCUUGUGGUUUUACACUAAUACGAUAUUUAAAAUUUGAGAGAGGUUCCCCCACCCCGCUUCAAAUUGCCUGGAAGUGACCCCAAGCGUCUGAUUGGUCAAAUGUUUGUAGGAUGGUGAGGACUGAUUUCAAAUCUGUUCAAGUACAAAUCAUGAAGACGAUUUGGCGUUUGUCUCAGCCAGGAAAUGGGAUGAUUGUACGAAUGGAGGGGAAAACACCUGCUGAAAACGCCAAGUCAUUGUGCUUUAUAAGAUUCGAUGGAAGCCAACACAGCAUCGGACACUUAAACUCAAGGUUCUUCGGAGAUGUGCCUGCGCCAUAAACUAAAUGUUAAAAAAAACAAUUGCUGUUUUCAGCAGGUGUUUAUUGCGUGCAUUACAUAUUUAAUAAGUCACUUGAUGACAUAUAUUUCCUAUUUAAAUGAGCAAGCAGCUGUAUGGUAUGAUCAGUGUUGUGCUCGUUACUGAAAAAUAGUAAUAACGUUACAGUUACUAGUUACCUCAUCACAAAAUUACCUAAAUUACUUUACUUAUUACUUACACCCAAAAAGGUAUUGUGUUACUGUGUAAAGUUACUUUUCAAUGUCUACUUUGAAAUGCUGCCAUUGGUAAUGUGCCUAUAGCUUUCAUUUCAGUACUGUUAUCUCCGCAAGGAUCAUGCGUUCGUGCGUCUGUCUGUCUGUCUGUCUGUCUGUCUGUCUGUGCUAAUCUCACAAACACUAAAAAUAUUAGGCUUUUGGGUCCAGUAGUAUGCAAGAUCAGCUGCAGACACUGACAGAUAUGAACACGCAGGACCAAAUGCAUGAUCCCCUCGCUUACACCUGGCGAAUGGCGAGAUAAUCCCGAAGUAACGAGCCUUUAGGUAACGGUAAUUCAGUUACUUAAUUUAAAGAGUGCGUUAGACUAGUUACUGACAUAAGUAACUGAGUCCCAACACUGGUUAUGAUUAAUCAUUUAGCCAGAUAACUUAAAAAAAAAUGUUUUAAUGUUUUUACCUAAUCGGUGAAGAUUUCCUGAGCUCAUUUCUUCUCACUUCUUCUUUCUGCACCAACAAAUGAUAUACUCUAUAUGUCUUAUUGUUAACACGUGAAUAACACUUUGUUGUCUGGCUAACUGAUUAAUCCUAACUAUAGAAAUAAAUAAUUUAUUGUUACUCUAUGUAAACACGGCUGCAUCAGCGAAUUAUGAUACUUGAAGCAUAUCACAGUUGUCAGGGUAAGACUAAGUGCUACAUUUGUGUAUUGGGGAUUCUUGUGUUAACAAGAACACACCGUUUUCGGGGCUGGGAGAAUGUGAUGACCCUCUUGGUCAUGAAACACU